AUGAGGCCGGCUCACCCGGCCUUUGGCAUUUAUCUUAAUCGGCAAGGGCUUGGCAAGGAACAACCUAAUCGUGGGGAGCCUCGGGAUUGCUAUUGUGGCGGAGGCGGAGGUGGAGGCGGAGACGGCGGCGCAGGUGGUGGUGGAAAUGGGUGGGUCCACGCCGUAUCUGUGGAGGGCGUUGGAGAGAGUUGGAGUCUUGGUGACGGAACAGGAGAAUUGUUGCUGGAGAUGGGGUCUCUUGAAGGGGGUGGGCUUGGGGGUAAAAGGGUCAUUCUGCUCCAGCUGCUGCUGAUUCUAAUCGUUGAUGAGGAUUUGGAGGGCGGGAGUGGGCCCAGGCGAGGACGAAGGCGGCAGAUUGGUUUGAGAGAAACGUGGGUGUUUCUAGGUGAGGGAGGAAAGGGGGGAGGGGAUGAGUGGGGUUGA